AACAACACAGCAAACCCGACUUGACUUUACAAGACCUUAUCAAAAGCUUUUGCAUCUACACAUAUAGAAUCUUUAAGAGAUACAGCAAUUAUGAAGCUUGAGAAUUGGGUGGUUUUGGAUGUUGAAAACGGAGAGUUGCCUUUACCGCAGGUGAUGGUGUCCAGGAGAAAAGCUGGAUCUUCAAAGUCGGGCGUAUGGAGGGUGUUUGGGGUCAUUUUGGCUGUGGGCCUUUGCGCCGCUGCUGCCGUCUGCUUCACGCUCAAUAAGACCCGGGGUAAUCAACAAGACGGAAGUGUGCUGAGACUCACGUUGAGAGAUCACUUUUCACAAGCCAAUUUCACUUCCAAGGCUGCCAUCCAUUUAACAGGUGGAUACAACUCUGAAUUAAAGAUCUUAGACUGGAAAGAUGACCAGGACCAGGCUUUUUCUUCAGGUGGCUUGAAAUUAGUAAACAGCGAGAUCAUCAUUCCUGAUGACGGCAUUUAUUUUGUCUACAGCCAGGUGUCUUUCCACAUCAGCUGCACGUCUGAACUGACUGAGGAACAAAUGAGCCAUGCAGUGAUGCGCUUUUCUGAUUCCUACGGAGGCAAAAAGCCACUUUUCAGUGCAAUCCGCUCCAUCUGCACGCAGGAGCCUGAAUCUGAAAAUCUGUGGUACAACACAAUUUACCUCGGCGCUGCCUUCCAUUUACGAGAAGGAGACAGACUGGGCACAGACACGACCACAGCACUUUUACCCAUGGUUGAAAAUGAGAACGGAAAGACCUUCUUUGGGGUGUUUGCUCUGUGAACUUCAGUGGGGAAAAUGUUUUAUAUUAAAACAGAAAGAAACAAUGACCUCUAUCAUACACCCCAGGCAAUGUGCCGCCAACACAUCUGUUCAUUGCUGACUGUUGUUGGGACAUUGUUGGUGGGUUGCAAUUAUGUGCAACUGGCUUUAAACUUGCUUUAUUUUAUUGUUA